ACACGAGGGCGGGCUCAAGCAUUUAACGUAGCUUCGAUAUUCCCAACAAAUGAGGAGAGCAGGCAGCAACGAGUAAAGAAAAAAAAAAAAAAAAGAAAAAAAACAAACGAAGAAUGGCUGCCAGAUCGCUUUGGCGUGCCACAACUAAGCUGGUUUUGGCGGCUACCGUGGUCGGUGGGGCCGGCGCUGCCGCAGCGGCUAUUGCCAACUCCGAGGAUCCCGCUACGGCCCUCAAGCUAUCAACCACCGUGCCCAUCCGCCUCUUCCGCGGGGCCAUCACUGCUGCCGCUAUUACCUUUGAUUAUGAAUACUCACUCUGGGGAUUACCAGAAGGUAGCAUAGAAAGGGAAAAAAUUAAGCAUGAAGUUCACACUCGGGGUGCACAAAAACUUCAAGAACUUUGCUUCAAAAAUGGUGGGAUUUACAUCAAGCUAGGUCAGCAUGUUUCUCAGCUGGAAUAUUUAGUACCGGAUGAAUAUGUGCUUGUUAUGAGACAAUCACUGCUGAAUAAAUGCCCUGUUUCAUCAUAUGAUCAAGUGCUAGAGGUUUUCAGGAAAGAACUUGGAGGAACACCUGAUGAAAUUUUCGAUGAGUUCGAUCCUGUCCCCAUAGCCAGUGCUUCUUUAGCACAGGUCCACAUUGCCCGAACUCAUGAAGGACAACAAGUUGCUGUGAAGGUUCAGCAUACUCACAUGACCGACACUGCAGCAGCAGAUUAUGCAACUGUUGAGUUACUUGUGAACACUUUACAUUGGCUGGUUCCUUCUUUUGAUUACAGGUGGCUGGUUGAUGAAGUGCGGGAAAGUGUACCCAAGGAGCUUGAUUUCUUGAAUGAGGCCAAGAACAGUGUAAAAUGUCUGGACAACUUUAGGAGAUUCUCACCACAUAUUGCGGAAUAUGUUUAUGCUCCUAGAAUCCAUUGGAACAUGAGCACCUCAAAGUUGUUGGUUAUGGAGUAUAUUGAUGGAGCACAAGUAAGUGACUCUAAGACAAUUCAAAAGCUUGGACUUCACCCAAGUGAUGUUUCAAAACUGCUCACUGAAGCUUUUGCCGAAAUGAUGUUCAAACAUGGUUUUGUGCACUGUGAUCCCCAUGCUGCGAAUGUGCUGGUUCGCCCUUUACCUUCUGCUAGUGGGAGGAUUUUUGGAAAGAAAAAGCCACAAUUGGUACUGCUGGACCAUGGUUUAUACAAGGAUCUGGACUUCUCCACUCGAAUUAAUUAUGCAUCUCUAUGGAAGGGUUUGGUGUUCUCAGAUGCUAAUGCAAUUAAAGAAAACAGUGUGAAAUUGGGUGCUGGAGACGACCUCUAUGUGCUUUUUGCCGGUAUUCUUACCAUGAGACCUUGGAAUAAAGUCGUCGAUCCUGCUUUGGAUCAUCUGGUUGUCCAAGCAACUGAUCGCACUGAACUUCAGAUGUAUGCUUCACAAUAUUUUUCACAAAUCAGCGAGCUUUUGCGGAGACUCCCUCGUGUUAUUCUUUUAAUGCUGAAGACGAAUGAUUGCCUGCGUUCAGUUAAUAAAGCACUGACAGAUGGAUCUUCUUUGGACACAUUUUUCAUUAUUGGGAGAGUUUCGUCGAAAGCAGUGAUUGAGUCGAGAUUGAUGGUGAGCAAGUCGGCUGUGACUCGACUCGGCGUGUGGGUGGAAGAGGUUCUGUUAAAUGCUCGGUUAUUUGGGAUGCAGAUUGCUUUGUGGCUUUUGAAAAUUCAGAAAGCAUUAUUGGCAUUUUGAGGGUGAGAAGCUAUAACUGAUAGUACUAAUUAUUAGCCAUCCUUCCUUUAGGAUGGGAAUUAACAGUUUUGGUUACUAUUAUUUAUUUGUUUUGAGAAUAAAUAGCAGAAUUGCAUUCUUUUGUCCAAUUAAUUGCAUGUUGUUGUAAAAAGCCACACUUUGUAUUUCUAACUGAUAAAAGGCGGGGCUUACUUGAUGAUUAUUAUUACUA